ACUUGAUGAUGUUACCACUCGUCCCGUGUUACAACACUUCCGGUUAUCUCUAAUAGGCUAUUCUUCGUCAUUUGCGCCAACGAAUAAAAUAAGAAAUUGUUACAGAUAAAUAACUAGUGUGACACCACAGUAGAAAAGAAAAGUCGAGAUAAAACUGUUCACCAUCUGGACCGCAGACCUCCCUUGAUCGCAUAUGGUCACUAAAGGCACGAAUCAAAUAGUAUUUUGCUGUCAGUUUUUUUGACUCCAUACAUUUAUGGUAUCGUCUGCACAAAGAAUUAUGAUCAAUUGGCAAAUAUUAAAUCAACGUGUCGUGUUUUAAGCACAUAUAUGUGUUUGAUGUCGCCAUGAAAGAAUCUGAGAGAAAGAGAGAGCACUUUUUUCUCUGAGGGAUUGAAGUAAAUGGCUAACUGAAGGAAGUGCGCUUUUGUUAGUGGUAUUUAAUGAGGGCUGCUUUUCUGGGCUUAGCCUGCUCUUAUACUCUUGAAGGAUCUUAAACAGGUUUUCCUGAAACACUCAUGCGAUGCGGCGCAGAUUAGCGGCAAUCCGGUUAAAGGGACGCCUUUUAUAUACAAAUCAACUUCAAAUCACUUUUUAAGCCACUUAGAUAUACACGCCAUGGCAAAAUGCUAAUGCACUUUUCAUUGCCAGAGCUUAAGAAGAGGAAUAGAGGUGAUUAGCUCCAAUACAAGAAUUGAUCUUCCAGAAUAGGAGGUGAUUAGCCCAAAACCAAGAACUGUUGUCAGGAUUCUGUGUUAAGAAUGGUUAAGGCUGGAUUUAACUCAAUUUCAUGACAUUAAUCCUAGUUCUACUACUGUUAAUAGUAAUAUUAAUAAAGAUAAGACGCAAGAUGCUCCUUCUAGGGUCAGUUAAAGAGUUUUUUCACCUGCUGCGCAUAGUGCAUAGCUGACCACCAACACGAUAAUCCCUUAAUCUUGUAAACUGCUAAUGCCUCAAAAAUUCUGCUUUAUUCAUACAUUCAUCAGUAUAGGUUCAAGUCGUAUCAUGUCAUCAACUAGCCUAGAAAAUAAAAAAUAAAAACACUGACAGCUUGUCUAUUGAACAAACUUAUUAUGUGCAUUAUGCAUAAUUUGUUGGCCCACUAUGUAAUUGUGUAUCACUUUCAAUAAGCCUUGACAAAAACCUCUCCAUCAUGGUCAGUUAUGGGACUAAUUAUACGCACAAACUCAGACGUGUAGACAAACAAACGAAAUAAGUCUAUUUUCCAGUAGUGCUCUAGGCUAUCUCCAGCAACAGUCAGCAAAGCCUUCUCAUUAAGAGUGUCGGGGAAAAUGAUGAAUGUGGGCCUAAUUAAAGUGAAACGUCACUAGGGCUGCACGGUGAACUGUUGAACUGAUUCGGAGUGGGAGGAUGGGCGGACACAUGAACGCGCGCACGCACCUCGCAUUGUUCAAGAAGAGCCGCACGCCUGCCUGCUGCUGCCCUGCUUAUUGUAGCCUGUAUGAAUGACUUUUAGUUUAGUUGAGCUUAUAGUUGACAUACAUGUUUACGGGGGAGAAAAAUGUCUUUUCACAAGUUCUGCAGUAAUGCAGAUCAAUACACUGUAAACAAACACAGCAGACAAUACAGCGGAUAAAAAAUUAACAGCCCUAACACUUAACAAAUGACAAGUUCUACAGUGUAACAGCGAUUAUACAUCAAUAGAUACGGUGCACUUACAAUAGCUUGUUUUCAUUCCAUCAAUUUAUGUAAUUUUAUGAGUCUGCAUAGUCUGAAUUCAUCAUUGCAGAAUGUCUUUUGGCACCAGUUUAAUGUUACUUCAAAUUUAAACCAGUUAAAAUUGUAUUUUAAUUUCUAAGUUAUAUUUGCCAUAACUUAUACUUUUCUAUUUAAUCAGUUAUAUCGAUAAAUGUCAUCAUUUGGGGGUUCUUCAAAACGGCACCCCAGAAUGUCAUUACACUUUGACACAGCAAACUGCAUAUUAUAUAUGUCGUUGGCUUAAAUUACUUACAUACACUGUAAAAAGGAAUUGUAAGUUUAACUUAAAAAGGUAAGUUACCUGGUUGCCUUAAAAUGUUGAGUUCAUUGAAAUUAAAAAUUUGAGUUAAUACAAUGAAGGCGAUUGGUUUAAUCAACAGAAACUCAAAAUAUUAUGUUAUCUGAACCACAUUAAGUUGCUUUGACACAAGAAAAAAUGUUGUCAUAACAAAUCAUGAAAAUUAUUUUUUUUACAGUGUAGCAGCCUUUUCAAGUGAUCAACAAGGAACAUGUUAAGCUUACUGCCCAAAACAAAGAUAAAAAAAAUAUGAAUUCGCAGUUUACAUCGUAAAACAAUUUUGCAUAAAUGUAAUGGCACUAGUAUGCUAGUAAUCAUAAAUAAAUACAAAUGUAAAAUACAUUUGUUUUUGUUGUGUAAAAAUUAAUACAAUCACUUACAAAAAUUAAUGUAUGGUAAUGCAAUGUAGUGGUAUGGGUUGUAAAAAAAAAAGACAAUAAAAACCUGAGAACUGAUGUAAAUUGUUAGUCACGUGUCAAAUAGAUUUAAAUAUAGUCAAUGUCAUCAAUAUUGCUUCCCUUAUUGAGCCAGUGUUGGUUUACUAGCCCUACUGAAAAUAACCAAUAAUUGAUUUAUUCAUAUGCUCAUUCCGCAUGAAUAAUAUUAUUAGAUGUCACAACUAUCACAUACAGUUUCAGAAAUAUGUAAAGUUUGACAGGCCUUGCUACUUUUUCAUCGUGUUUAAACACAAGCGCCUCAGGCGGUGUUUGCCCACCCUGACGGCGCCCCCUCCUCCUCAGUGACAUACACGCUCCAGUCCCAAGCCUCAUCAAAUGCUGCUUGCUCAACUCCCCGCUCCUCACACAAACAAUUGAAGUCAUUUCCAGUUCGUCUUUAAAACGAUCCCACAGGUGUUUUAAUGUCCCGUCGAGAAAAGCUUUCAGCGCUAUGGAGUUACCCGACAGACAGUGUUUGGGAAGAGUCCUGAUCGUGACUGCUGCGCUCCUGUCACCUGCGUUCACGGUACUGGGCAAUGACAUCCUUGGCCUGAAGGUGGCAGGAGAGCCAGUGCUUACCCCCAACGCAGUGUGUUUACGACUGGCAGGCCUGACCAAAAAACAGAUGCGUCUGUGUGUGCGCAGCCCUGAUGUCACAGCCUCUGCUCUGCAGGGCAUUCAGGUUGCUAUUCACGAAUGCCAACACCAGCUCAGAGACCAGCGCUGGAACUGCUCCUCCUUGGAGAACCAUGGCAAGUUGCCCCAUCAGAGUGCCAUUCUCAACAGGGGUUUCCGAGAGAGUGCCUUCUCGCUGUCGCUGCUGGCUGCAGGUGUCGUGCACUCAGUGGCUUCGGCCUGCAGCCUCGGUAAGUUGCGCGGGUGUGGCUGCGAGGCUAAACGUCACCUGGAUGAUGACAAAAUCCGUCUCAAGUUAACCCAGCUCCAGCUUCAGACUUUUCAGAGGAGUGGAGUGUCCAUAGCAGGUGCAGGAGAGAACACACCUGAGUUCGGUUCACUCAACGGCGGCCUACCGGCCAAUCUGCGCUCAUCCCACCCCGUCAGUCUCCUCAAACCCUUACCGGAUGAGGUCACGACGUUACAGGACACCUGGGAGUGGGGAGGCUGUAGUCACGAUGUUCGUUUUGGUGUACGGUUCUCUAGGGAUUGGUUGGAUUCCAGAGGAUCUCCUCGCGAUAUACACGCUCGUAUGCGGAUUCAUAAUAAUAGAGUUGGCAGACAGGUAGUCACUGACAACAUGAGAAGAAAGUGCAAGUGCCAUGGCACAUCAGGCAGCUGCCAGUUCAAGACCUGCUGGUAUGUUUCUCCUGAAUUCCGGCUGGUGGGAUCUCUGCUACGGGAGAAAUUCCUGACUGCAAUCUUCAUAAACUCUCAGAACAAGAACAGCGGAGUGUUCAACUCUCGAAUUGGUGGGAGCACCGGCUCAGAUCAGCUCAGAGGCCGGCGACGCAGCAUCUCGCGUGAGUUAGUGUACUUCGAGAAGUCCCCCGACUUCUGUGACCGCGAGCCCGCGGUGGAUUCGCUAGGCACUCAGGGUCGCAUCUGCAACAAGAGCAGCUCCAACAUGGACGGCUGCGGGUCGCUGUGCUGCGGCCGCGGACACAACAUCCUCAAACAGGCACGCAGCGAACGGUGUAACUGCCGCUUCCACUGGUGCUGCUACGUGCUCUGUGAGGAGUGCAGGGUUUCGGAGUGGGUUAAUGUAUGCAAGUGAACGACCCGACUUGGUCCAAAUCCCAAUUUCCUUGUUUUUGGACCGGGAGACAACAACCUGUACCCUGCCAUACCGAAUGUGACUGCCUGUGUGUUUUGCUCUCCCACGGUGUGUCUGUUUAUCCAUUUCUCUCCUUCUUUUAACCUCCGUCAUCUGGGAUCCAUUUGCGUUGUGUUGCUGUUGUUAUUCCCAAAAUGCCAAGUCAGAGAUUGAGGAGGAGGUGACUCAUGUCAUUUGUCUUUUUUUCCUCACUUGGAAUCUUCAGCCUCCAGAACCAAGCAAAUGGCCCAAACGCCAUCUGCACUCCUCCAAAUAACAAGGCACAACAGCAGGAACAAAUUAUUCCUGCAAAAUAUAGGCACUGCUACGGUCUACCUUUUUUCAAAAGUGCACUUAAUGUACAUUCCUUACUUUGGCAAAACGUUUAUGUUGUAAUCUUUUAUGAUGGUGAAAUACCAUCCAAGUUGGGUUGAGGUUUCAAAACACUGUAUCUUGCAGCAUUAUGAUCUUUGCCCACAUUGAUCAUGAGGAAUCAAUGGCUGUGAUAAUUGAAGGGAACAUUUCACUGCCAUUUCAUAAGAUGUUAUAGAGAAACUUUCGCUGGAGCAAAUCUUGGCCAUCGACAGAGAAUGUGCCUUGCUUAGGGUUCUGAGUUUGGUUGGUUUUUAUGAAAACCAGGACAAUUGUGAAGUUGAUAUGCUGUGUAACCUCAUCCUAACCUUUAUAGAGACAGACAAAUCAGAGAAUGGAGAUGGAUAGAGUGAAGGAACGACUGGAGAACACUUGUGCCUCCCGUGGAUUUUUUGCAGCUGAUUAAAAACAGUCACAUCUCAUCUCAUACUGCUGAACAAUAUUGGAUGCCAGAUGCCUUUGAUGCAUGAAUGGAAGACAUUCAGACUCUAAAGUCCUGUGUUAAACUGUAUUUAAACAGUUGCCAUUACAAUCUUAUUGCAGUGAAAUUAAUGUAUACGAUUUUUAAACUUUUCAUUUUCGAUGCUUAGGAAAUCAAAUUAAUUAUAUGGAUAAAUUAACUUUCAUAUAUUGCCGCCUUUUGCAUUUUUAAAGAGAGUCUAGAGAAUUUAUUGUCGUAAUAUGUUGUACAAUGUUUAAAAAAAAAGCUUCAGUUUUUUUGUUAAAGGGUUAGUUCGCCCAAAAAUGCAAAUUCUGUUAUCAUUUAAUCACACUGGUUUUAGAACCAGGAAAGACCCUCUCGAACAGAGGAGAGGUCAUAGAUUGGCGUAUUAGAUAUAAUUCUUCUUUUCUGGAUAUUUUUUGACCGAAUCUGACCUCUCAUAAUGGGCAACAGGGAUAGGCUUUCAUAAGAGUUCUAUAAGCAGAUUAAGGCAUGAACCUGUCUUAUAGGGAUCAGCUGUCCAAAGUUGUGCCAUGUGCUGCUGAGUACUGUUUGUCCUUGUCUGUGAAUCUGCAUCUGCAGCUGUCAGAGACUGGACCACUGUGUGAUUUCCUAACUAAACACAGGCACACUUCUGAUGUCUACGCUCUGUCUGAGUUCUUUGAGUGCACAACAAUCACAAACAUCUUAGGAAUAAAUGAGUUUUUCUGUAUGAUUUCAUGAGACUCUAAUGAGGAUGCGCUGUGGCGGCUGUCGAUUGAGUGAAGUGACCACCCAUGGUCUGCUGGCUUUAUCGAACUCACUUCUUGUGGUAUUUCCUCUGGCAAUAAAGAUGGGAGUAAAAGAAAA